GAGCAAGAGCUUCUGGAAAGCAUCUUUGGAAUCAGCGUUUAACUGCAAGUCAUUCUUUUUUUCGUUUUUUGCUUCAACUAUGGUCUGGACCACUUCCUCUCGUGCUCUCGCGGUGAUGGUGGGCUGUCUAGCCCUACUCUCCGCGCCGGCCACCGCGGAACAUCACCACCAUCAGCAUCGUCGCCAGCAUCACCACGCCGGCUACAGCGUCGGUCCGCCCAUAUGGCAGACCCGACCGGGUGCCGAGUCUGUCACGACCAUCACCAUCGGAGCCACCACCUCUAUCCAAUCCGUGAUUCCUUCUGCCACUGUUGCCUCUGCCUCUGCCUCUGCCUCUGCAGCAGCAGCAGCAGCAUCCUCCUCUGCCUCUGCAUCCGUCAGCGCGCUCAAAGCCCAAGUCAUCAUCCCCUUCUACGUCUACCCCGACCCGGGCAAAUGGACUCCCCUACUCGAACUGAUCACCAGCUUCCCGGACGUCCACUUCACCGUAAUCAUCAACCCAAGCAGCGGGCCCGGCACCAGCGCCCUCCCUGACGCAGCCUUCCUAACGGCAAUCCCCAGUCUCACGCAGCACUCCAACGUCCUGGCCAUCGGCUACGUGCCCACCCAAAAGGGCACGCGCGCCUUAUCCGCCGUGGAGAACGACAUCAACAUCUACGCCAACUGGCCGACGGCGGCGGACAACUCCUCGUUCGCCGUGCACGGGAUUUUUCUGGAUGAGGCCCCGAACGCGUAUAGUGCCGAGUUGGUUGCGUAUUAUACGAGCUGCGCGGAGUUGAUCAGGAGUAAGAGUGGGCUUGGGCCGGAGAAUUACGUGGUCACAAACCCCGGCACACCCCCGGAUAGCGCCUACCUCGCCAUCGCCGACAGCACGGUGGUGUUUGAGUCGCCCUACGCCUCCUUCCAGGAUGCGCUGGCGGCGGGAACGUUCAAUAAACUCAACACCACCGGCAGCACGCACAGCAAGAUGGCCUCCAUGGUGUACGGCGUGCCGGAUUCCGUGCAUCUGCCCACCCUGUUGGCGCAGGUGGGCAACUUCUCCGAGCAGAUCUUUUUGGGCAAUACCAGUUCCUAUAUGGUUUAUGACACUUAUAUGAAUUCCGUCGUGCCGGCGUUGUUGGAGAUGGUCUAACUUCGUUUCUCGAUUGAGUGUUGUAGGGGUGUGCAUCAGUGCUAAUACACUGAUCUGGCAGACUGACCUUCUCUGUUUCUUUCUUUCUCUCUUUCGUGGACUUGGACUUGGACUGGUCCGUCUUUCUAUGUAUAUAUACACGUGUGUUGUGGAUCGAUGCAUUUUUGUCCUGGUGGCAGGUGGUUAGCAGGUUAGGCUUGGGAUCUGGAUAGCCAAUUGACGACGUUACGCUUAUAUGGAC